UUGCAAUCGACCCCGAGUGUAUAUCAAGGACUACCAACAGAAAUAUAAUCAGCGAGCUUGUUAGGUUGCACAAGGAGUCCCAGUUAGGCAGGCGAGUGCCUGUUUAUGAGGGAAGGAAAAGCUUGUACACUGCUGGUGCUCUGCCUUUUACGUCCCAGGUUUUCGUGAUAAAAUUGCCCCCCAAUGGUGGAAAUGGCAAUGUUAGGGGAGAGAAGGAAUACAAAGUGACGAUUAGGCUUGCCGGGCGGGCUGAUCUCCACCAUCUCCAACAGUUCAUACGUGGGAGGCACAUGGACGCUCCGCAAGAAACUAUCCAAGUACUUGAUGUGGUUUUGAGGGAGUCGCCUUCAACAAAUUAUACUACUGCAUCAAGGUCAUUCUUCUCUCCCAUGUUUGGAAAUCCAAAGGAUAUUGGGGAUGGCGUAGAAUGUUGGAAGGGUUACUAUCAGAGUCUUCGGCCGACGCAGAUGGGACUUUCUUUGAACAUUGACAUCGCUGCAACGUCAUUUUAUAAGUCUGUACCUGUUGUAGACUUCGUACUUGAGUAUCUUAAUCUCCGAGAUGGAUCGAGGCCCUUAUCUGACUCAGACCGUGUCAAGAUAAAGAAAGCUCUGAGAGGUCUAAGGGUUAAUGUCAUUCAUAGGAGAGAAUCAAGCAUACGCUAUAAGAUCACAGGGAUAACCUCAAUGCCAACGAAUCAAUUGAUGUUUGCCCCCGAAGAAGGGGCAGCAAAGAUUUCUGUCGUCCAGUAAUUUAGACAACGUUACAACUACAAUCUCAAGUAUACCCGUUGGCCUUGUCUUCAAGCUGGGAGUGAUAGCAGGCCAACGUACUUGCCAAUGGAGGUCUGCAAAAUUUUGGAAGGACAGAGGUACAGGAAAAAGCUGAAUGAGCGGCAAGUAACUGAAAUAUUGAGGUCUACAUGCCAACGCCCUCAAGAGAGGGAGAAGAAUAUUCGGGAGAUUGUGAUUCAUAACAGUUAUAAUAAUGAUAACUAGCAAGAGUUUGGAAUCAAGAUUAUGAAUCAGCUUGCAACAGUUGAUGCCCGAGUUUUGCCACCUCCAAGGCUAAAAUAUCAUGACUUGGGGAAAGAGAAGAUGUGCAGUCCUAGUGUGGGUAAAUGGAACAUGAUCAACAAGAAAAUGGUUGAUGGUGGCAUGGUAGAGUACUGGACAUGUUUGAGUUUUUCACAUCUUCAAUCAAAUUAUGUCUUGCGGUUUUGUGAUGAUCUGGUUGGGAUGUGUAAUAACAUUGGGAUGGUAUUCAAUCCAAAACCAUUUAUUGACAUCCGGUCAGCCCGCCCUGAUAACAUGGAAUCUGCCCUUCGAGAUGUCCAUAAUCAAUCUACAGAAAAACUAGGUUGCCUGGGAAUGCAGGGGAAGCAUAUUCAGUUGCUGAUUGUGAUAUUGCCUGAAACAAGUGGACUCUAUGGAAAGCUCAAACGGGUAUGUGAAACUGAGCUUGGCAUUGUAUCGCAAUGCUGCUUACCAAGACAUGUUUCUAAGGGAAGCAAGCAGUAUCUUGAGAAUGUUGCUCUAAAAAUCAAUGUUAAGGUUGGAGGGCGCAACACAGUACUGGAAGAUGCCCUUCAUUAUAACAUUCCCUUUGUAACUGAUGUGCCAACAAUUAUAUUUGGGGCUGAUGUUACACAUCCACCUCCAGGGGAAGAUUCUUCUUCGUCGAUUGCAGCGGUGGUUGCUUCUAUGGACUGGCCAGAGAUCACGAAGUACAAAGGUCUAGUCUCUGCCCAACAACAUAGGCAGGAGAUAAUACAAGAUCUUUUUACAUUUAAACAGGACCCACGGAAGAGGCUUGUAUACGGUGGCAUGAUAAGGGAUGGUGUUAGUGAAGGCCAGUUUGCUGAUGUAUUGCUUCAUGAGAUGGAUGCCAUAAGGAAGGGGACCAGCAGACCAACACAUUAUCAUGUAUUGCUGGAUGAGAAUUAUUUUUCUGCUGAUAAACUACAAAUGUUGACUAACAAUCUUUGUUAUACGUAUGCUUGCUGCACUCGAUCCAUCUCAGUUGUCCCUCCAGCAUACUAUGCGCAUUUGGUUGCUUUUCGAGCAAGAUAUUACAUGGAGGCUGAUCUUUCGGAUGGAGGAUCAACAUCGGUUGGUAGGUCCAACACCAGGGAUAAGCUUUCUGUGGUGUGCCAGCUUCCGCAGAUCAAGGGCAACGUCAAAGAUGUCAUGUUUUUUUGUUGAAAGGCUGCUUGUUUUCGGCCUUGUGGCCAGGCUUUUGUUGGAUAUGGUUAUCAGAAACGGAUUGACUUGAUCUUGUCUUUGGAUUCUAUAUGCUUUGUUAUUUGUUC